CUGGAAAGCCACAUUUCGUUCAAAGUCGUUGGAAAAGGCCUUGAACGUAUCCCUGCAAGACCAACCGGACUAUACACCAUCCUUCUCACCGACAUCACGAUUUCCGAUGACCCAACGGCCUUCUGUUGAGUCCGGAACGAACCUUGACUCUCGCCUACAAGGGAGAAAAUGGUGGAAAGAAUCCGUCAUCUACCAGGUCUAUCCUCGCAGUUUCCAGGACACCAACGGCGAUGGAAUAGGAGACCUUGAUGGGAUCACGGCCAGACUGGAUUAUAUCAAGGGCCUUGGUGCCAACCUGAUAUGGAUCUGCCCGAUGUACAAGUCCCCUCGUUCGGAUUACGGAUAUGACAUCUCGGAUUAUUACACAGUCGCGGAAGAGUAUGGAACGAACAAUGACCUUUACAACCUCAUCGCGACGGCCAAGAGUAAAGGUAUCGGAAUCCUUUUGGAUCUUGUCAUCAAUCACACGUCCGAUGAGCAUGAAUGGUUCCAAAAGGCUCUUCGGGACCCCGACAGCAAGUACAGAGGCUACUACUUUUUCAAGCGAGGGAUCGAUGGGCGACCACCGAACAAUUGGAGGUCUUACUUUGGAGGAUCGGCGUGGGAAGCCGUUCCAAACGAACCAGACAUGUUCUACCUCCACGCUUUCAGCAAGAAGAUGCCCGACCUCAACUGGGAAAAUGCCGAAAUGAGAGAGGAACUCUACAGCAUGAUCAACUGGUGGGUCGAAAAGGGCAUUGCCGGUUUCCGAAUCGACGCCAUCAUGAACAUCAAAAAGACCAUGAUUGAAGGUGUCGUCCAACCCGACGGUGACGACGGUCUGGUUUCGAUCAACAAAUACAUCAUCAACCAACCUGGCAUCAAGGACCUUCUUCGCGGGUUGAAGGACAACACGUUCGCGAAACAUCAGAACAUCAUGACCCUGGCCGAAGCUGCCGUGCCGGACGAUCAACUCGAAGACUUUGUCGGACCCGACGGGUUUUUCGACAUGUCUUUCGACUUCAGGGCCGCCGACAUCGACAUCCCCGAGUCCGGAGAGUGGUACCGCCCGACCGACUGGACGGUCAACGAACUGCGGGACACCCUCCUCGACGUGCAGACCGGCGUCCAACGGAGGGGUUGCUGGGGCGCGACGUACUUCGAGAACCACGACCAGAACCGUUCCAUCAACAAGUACUUCCGUCGCCGGCAGGAAGACAUUUCGGCUGUCACCAAGAAACUUCUGGCCACCGUCCUGCUCGGGUUCAGGGGCACUCCGGUCGUCUACCAAGGCGAGGAGAUUGGCAUGGAAAACAUCCAACUCUCCUCGAUCGAUCGGUACGAGGACGUCAACACCCACAGUCAAUACGACGCCGGAAUCGCGGCCGGGAUGGACCCCCGAGACGUCUUUCGGCUGGUAUCCUACAGGAGCAGGGACAACUCUCGUACCCCCAUGCAAUGGGACGGCGACUCGGAAAACGCGGGUUUCACGACGCCCCGAGGAAGGCCUUGGUUGCCGGUCAACCCGAAUUACCGGGUCAUCAACGUCGACGACGCGGUCGACGACAAAAACUCCGUCUACCAUCACUAUCGACGCCUCAUAGAACUGAGGACCGGCAACCACAAGUACAAGCACGUGUUUGUCUACGGCGAGACGGUCCCAAAAUUUGUUCACGUUGACAAUGUCAUUGCCUAUGAACGUGUUUUGGGUGACCAAAGUAUUCUGAUCCUGGCCAACUUUCAAAAGAAACCCGUGGAUUUGCCACUCGACGAUUCUCAACAUCUCCGAGGCAAGAAGAUAUUGAUCAGCAACUAUGAUGAUGACGACGGUGUGGAUGACGAUGUGGUGGUGGCAGCAGCAGCAAACAAGAUGACCAUCCUACCAUACCAGGCCUUGAUAGUCGACUUGACGACUCAACACCCGAACUAGUCGAAUCAUAUACGUGAGGAUUGGGCACUUGUAAUACUGACAAUGUGUGGUUGGACUUUUUUGGGAGCCGUACUAAACGUUCAGGUCCUCUCGUACAGAAUGGUAUGUUUGUAACAAGGGAGCUGUUAGUUUGUAAACAUGUAAUAUAAAAUGUAGCCUUUUCCACUCCCUCAUCGAGC